AUGGAUUUUGUCGUUGGUCUUCCAAAAGCACCAAGUAGACAAGAUGCUAUAUGGGUUAUUGUGGACAGAUUGACGAAGAGUGCUCAUUUCCUUCCCAUUAAGAUCACUGACUCGUUGGAAAAAUUGGCAAAUCUAUCGCCUUUGUAUUGGGAUGAAAUAAGGGAGAGACAGUUAUUGGGGCCAGAAUUAGUGCAGGUGAUGAAGGAAAAGAUUGCUUUGAUUCGAAAGCGCAUGCUUACCGCGCAGUCUAGACAGAAAAGCUAUGCGGAUAAACGCCGCCGUGAGUUAAAAUCUGCAGUUGGUGACCUUGUGUAUCUCAAGGUGUUGCCAAUGCGGAAUGUGUUUCAUUUCGGCAACAAGGGCAAGCUCAAUCCAAGCGUUCACGACGUUUUUCACGUCUCACAAUUGCGGAAGUGCAUUCACGAUCCAUCUCAGGUGAUUAGCCACGAACCUCUUGAUAUUCAGCCUACUCUGACAUAUGAAGAGUUGCCCGUGCAAAUUUUGGAUCGCAAGGAACAACAGUUGAGGACUAAGACGAUUCCGCUUGUGAAAGUGUUAUGGCGAAACCACAGAGUUGAGGAAGCUUCAUGGGAGCUUGAGCAGCAGAUGCGGGAUAAAUAUUCCCACUUGAUCGAGUGA